UUUUCGCAAACGAAAUUACCCAUUCGGCUAGACCAAUUUGUAUUAUUUCAUAUAAAUGUAAUAGACGGUGUAAUGAAACUUGCAUCUAACUUCAAUGAAGAACAGCCGCAAAACUGCCAGAAACAGGAAAUGAUACCUCCAACUUCACCUUCCAAAAUUUGCAGUCUCGAAAGUAAUCCACUCGAAACUAAAAACGUUAUAUGGCAAGGUACAAAAGAAAACGUUUCAUCCCGAUGUCUCGACGUUGUAGGGUGUAACAUUGUAACCUCAGGAUCCAGAGAAAUUGAAAAUGGAGAUACCUAUGCUUCCACCUCCAUUAAAACACGAGGUGAUCACCUACCUGAAAAAGCGAGCAACUCUGUUUCAUGUCCUUCGUGCGAACUUCAAAUACCUCCAAAUUCAGGCCAACUUUGUGUAUUAUGCGGAAUGACAAUACAUCAAAGUGAAACAUGUUUUGUGGCAUGGGACAACAGAAUCGUUUGCACUCCAUGUGGAUCCUUAGAUGCUAACGAAAAAACUAAACGAGCAGAAUCUCGCUCAAUAGAAAACUGGAGGGGCUUGGCAGACAUUCCCGUUAAAAGAAAACGGAGCUCCUACUUAGAACCCAAUUCAGAAUUUUUAUGUAUGAAUUGGAGUGACAUGCGAAAGGCACUAAUUUCGUCGGAACGACAAUUUGGUUGGGUUUAUGUCCAAAAUAACGAUCACGGAGAUCUCCGAAACCAUAAAAGAUACGACGAUGACGAUGGUCGCAUUCGGGAAAAAUUGCGCAAUUAA